ACUGUGGGCUAACCUAGCGGGCUGAGGCUCAUGGACUGAAGCUCUUCUCUUUCUCUCUCUCUCUUCUCUCCCAACUGUGGUCUGGCAACGACCACGUUUAUUGACGAUUCGACGGCGAAUUUGCUGUUCUUCUGAUUUGGGAUUCCCCUGUAUCAAAUAGCAUCGUCAAUGGCCGACCUUCUACUCAAGAACAAAUGAACUCCUCUUCGGUGUUUCGAAAUGGUAAAAGCCAUCAACCUCUUGCUAUAUAUUGAUCUUCAUAUCCGCUAUCCCCUAUUGGGAUCUCGUAGAUUUCUCAGAUUUUCAUCAAACUCCUACAUUUCUUCCAAAUUUGAAUUACCCACAUCCGUCGUAUGUUUCCCCAACAUAGUAGCUAAUGUUUGUAGUUUAUUGGGUCAGUUACAAUGGCAAACAAAUUCCGAGCUUAAGAAAUUGAGCCGCCAGCUCAAACCUCACGACGUUGCUAAGAUUAUCGAAACCCAUGACAGUUCUGAAUCUGCUUUGCAGUUUUUCUUCUGGGUUUCAAGGAGACCUUUCUACAAACACAACUUGCGCAGCUGCAUUUCUAUGUUAAAUAGGCUUAUCCAUGAUAGGAAUCUUGCUCCUGUUGAUCAUAUUCGAAUUCUGAUGAUAAAAGCUUGUAGAAACGAGGCUGAACUCACUAGGGUUCUCAAUUACUUUACUGAUAUCAAUAGCAAAGGUUUGGGUUAUACUUUGUAUAGUUACAAUACACUCUUGAUUCAAUUGGGUAAGUUUGAAAUGGUUGGAAUUGCUCGUCGCGUCUAUAAUCAAUUCUUAAGCAGUGGAAUUGAACCCAGCUUAUUGACUUUCAAUACUAUGAUCAACAUAUUCUGUAAAGUGGGCAAGGUUAAUGAAGCUAACAUGAUUCUCAGUAAGCUUUAUCAGUAUGGUUUAAAUCCAGAUGGAUUCACAUAUACAUCUUUUAUGCUUGGGCAUUGUAGAGAUCUUAACUUGGAUGCAGCAUUUCAGGUUUAUGAUAAGAUGAUCCGUGAUGGUUUCGAUCCAAAUUUAUUCUCAUAUUCAAUUCUUGUCAAUGGACUUUGUAUUGAAGGGAGGAUCGACGAAGCCCUUUCCAUGAUCAAUGAGAUGAUCGAGAAAAGCAUCGAACCGACAGUUAACGUAUAUACUGUUCCUAUAUCGAAACUUUGUGCUGUUGAACGAAUAAAAGAGGCUGCUGAUCUUGUAACCAGCAUGAAGAGAAGGGGCUGCAAACCGAACGUUCAGACAUAUACAUCGAUGAUUAGCGGUUUAUGUCGAUCCAACAAACUUGAAGUUGCAAUCGGGUUAUACCAUUGGAUGGGGAAGAAUGGGUUGGCUCCAAAUACUGUUACUUACAACGCCAUUAUAAACGAAUUGAUCGAAAGAGGAAAGCUCGAUGUCGCUCUUUGGGUUUUCGGUUGGAUGGAACGACAUGGCGGUUUGACGAAUACCGAAACUUAUAAUGAAAUCAUUAAGGGUUUAUGCGGAAACGAAUUGCACUCGGCCAUGCUUCUUUUUAAUAGCAUGUUGAAUGCAGGACCGUCUCCUAAUGUAGUUACCUACAACACCCUCAUCAACGGAUACCUGAAAAAAUUCAAUCUUGAUAACGCAUUGAGAUUAUUUGAUUUGAUGAAAUCAAAAUCGAAAUCCAACCGAUGCGAGCCCGAUUUGUGUACUUACACCGAUCUCAUUUCCGGGCUUUGUAAAGGCGGUAAGUACGAUGUAGCUACUGAUCUUUUCGAUGAAAUGAAGGAACGGGGUUUGAAACCGAACAAAUUCACUUACACUGCUCUGAUCGACGGACAUUGCAAAGAAGGGAAAGUAAACGUGGCUAUUUUGUUGUUUGAUCGAAUGGAAGCCGAAGGUUUCGUUUCCGAAAUUGAAACAUACAACGCAUUGAUCAACGGUUUAGCUAGAGUCGACAGGUUUUCCGAAGCGGAGAAGCUAUGUAAUAAGAUGGUUGAGAAAGGUAUGCUUCCAAACGUCGUUACUUACACAAGUCUAAUUGACGGCCUUCGUAGGAACGACGGGACCCAUCUCGCGUACAAGAUUUUUCGCGAAAUGGGUACGAAAAAUUGCUCGCCAAAUUUAUACACUUAUAGUUCUCUUAUUCACGGGUUAUGUCAAGAAGGAAAACCGGAAGAGGCCGAGGAAUUACUCGAAGAAAUGAUCCUUACAGGAAAAGGGUUGACUCCUGAUGAGGUGGCGUUCACUUCAUUGAUAGAUGGUUAUGUGGUGUUGGGUAGGCUCGAUCGAGCUAUUUCCCUACUCGGUAGGAUGAAUGAUAUGGGUAUUGAACCGAAUUAUCGCACGUUUAUGGCAGUUAUGAAAGGACAAACGGAUGUGAGUUACGAAACGUUAUCAACCACUCUGUUGGCCAAAAUAUCUGCUAGUAUUCGCACUUACAAAACUUUGAUUGUCGGGUUGUGUAGAGAAAACAAAGUUUAUGAUGCGGAAAUGUUGGUUAAACAAAUGGAAGAGAAAGGGUUUAGUUUCGAUGAAGAGAUUUGUGAUGCAUUAAUAGGUGCUUAUUGUAGGAGUUUUAAGGUUGAUCAUGCUUUGGAAAUAUACAGUUUGAUGGUUGUUAAGGGGAUUGAAGUUCAUUUAUCUGUAUACAGAAAGAUUAUUAGUGCUCUUUGUAGAGUAAGACGAAUGGAAGAAGCUGAGAAUUUGUUUGAGAAUUUGCUCGAGAAAGAAUGGAACUUUGAUGAGGUGGUUUGGACGGUUUUGAUGGAUGGUUUGCUUAAAGAGGGUGAAGUAAAUGUUUGCAUGAAAUUUCUUCAUAUUAUGGAAUCGAAGAACUGCAGUGUUAGUCGUCACACUUAUGUACUCUUUGCGAGAGAGCUUUCGAGGGUUGAUAAGUUGGUCGAUACAACUAGACUGACUGAGAAAUUGCAGGCUACUAUUGCAUCAAGUUGAUGUUUUUUAUACGCUAUUCGGGGGCUUGUUGCUGUUGUUGCUGUUGUACACGAGCAUGCCAAUGCAAGUUCGCUCGGAUGGUAA